ACUGAAAUAAAAAAUAAAAAACAAUAAUUCGCUCUUCAGUUUCCAUACAAAACCAGACCUCCUGCUCCCCCUCAGCGCAGGGCUCAAUAUCAUCGUCCCGUUAACACAACACAGAGAAAAGAAAAGGGGAAAUUUUAUAUAUUUAGAUUAAAUCAAAACACAAACAGAUAGAGCCACAGAGAGAAAGAGAGUCGUUUCAUUGAGUUUGAGCCUCCUUCUUAUCACUUUUUGUAAACUAGAAACACCACGGGGUUGAUGGUACGUUAUGUUUUUUUUUUAAAUAUAGAUAAGUUAAAUAAAAGAUUUUUUCAGAGUGGGGAGCAAAUGUGGGUGAAAAUAUAAGGUUUAUAUAGCAUGGGUUCUGGACAAGUAGUUGUGGGCGGUGGCGCGGAUGGUGGCAUUGACGGCGGCGGUGGUGGUGGGGGGAAUGGAAGUGGGUGUAGUUGCUGGUGUAGAUGGAGAAGGAAGCAUGUUAAUAAUCAUGGACAUGUUGGGCGUGCAAGGUUUAUGUUUUCUUCUUCUGCAUUUGUGUUCCUUGUUUGGUAUUUUAUUGUGUACGGAUUCGUGGGGUUGCUUUAUGGGUGGCUUCUUGUGAAGAAGCCCUAUGAAAGUACUGGACUGAUGCAGCCUUUUGGUUGUAGAGAAGACAGUGAAGGCUCUUGGGCCAUUGGUGUUUUCUAUGGCCACUCUCCCUUCUCUCUCAAACCUAUUGAAACAGAGAAUUUAUGGAGGAAUCAUAGUGCGGCGUGGCCAGUGGCUAAUCCAGUUGUGACAUGUGGUUCUGUUUCUGCUUCUGGUUUUCCUAGUAAUUUUGUUGCUGAUCCGUUUUUAUAUGUUCAGGGAGAUGUUCUUUACCUAUUCUAUGAAACCAAGAAUUCCAUUACAAUGCAAGGGGAUAUUGGAGUUGCAAGAAGUGUCGACAAGGGAGCAACAUGGGAGCAACUAGGCAUAGCUUUGGAUGAGGAUUGGCACCUCUCUUAUCCAUACGUGUUUGAAUACCUCGGCCAAAUAUACAUGAUGCCUGAGAGCAGUGCAAAAAGGGAACUUCGUCUUUAUCGAGCAAUUGACUUUCCUUUGGAGUGGAAACUGGACAGGAUUAUUAUGAAGAAGCCCCUUGUUGACCCCGUUCUAGUUAAUCAUGAUGGAAUGUAUUGGCUCUUUGCAUCUGAUCAUAGUGGUUUUGGAGUCAAGAAGAAUGGACAACUGGAACUUUGGUAUAGCGACACACCUUUUGGCCCUUGGAAGCCACAUAAGAAUAACCCUAUCUAUAAUGUUGAAAAGGAUUUGGGGGCACGAAAUGGAGGCAGGCCAAUUUUGUAUAAUGGAAAUCUUCAUCGCAUUGGUCAAGAUUGUGGUGAAUCAUAUGGGCGACGAGUGCGUAUCUUUAAGGUGGAAGUUCUUACCAAGGAUGCAUACAAAGAAGUUGAAGUUCCCUUCAUCUCAGAGCAGACAUAUAAGGGUCGAAACAGUUGGAAUAGUGCUCGCUACCAUCACCUUGAUGUGCAGCAGUUAAGUUCUGGUGAGUGGAUUGGGUUUAUCGAUGGAGAUCGAGUCCUUUCAGGAGACUCGAUUCAUCGGUUUCUUCUUGGCUGGUCUUCUAUGGCAGCGGUUGCUACACUUGGCAUCUUAUUAGGUGUGUUACUUGGAGCUGUCAAGUGCGUAAUUCCACUCAACUGGUGUGCACAAUACGCGGGGAAGAGAAGUGAUUCUUUCUUUGAUUGGGAAAAAGAAGGUUUUUUUAGUUCAAAGGUCAGACGGUUGUGUAGCCGCUUGAACCGAUCAGCUUCGAUUCUUCAGGGCAGGAUAAAACCAAAUACGAGUUCUGGAAGAUUUGUUCUGACAGUGAUGUUUGUAUCUGGAGUUGCACUGAUGUGCACAGCGGUUAAGUACAUCUACGGAGGGAAUGGUGCACACGAAGCUUACAUGUGGAAGGGUCAUUAUUCGCAGUUCACAUUGUUAACAAUGACAUACGAUGCUCGUCUCUGGAAUUUGAAAAUGUACGUGAAGCAUUACUCGAGAUGCUCAUCGGUGAAAGAGAUAGUUGUAGUGUGGAACAAAGGGGUACCUCCAAAAUUAAGUGAUUUGGACUCGGCAGUGCCUGUGAGGAUUAGAGUUGAGGAUCAAAAUUCUUUGAAUAAUCGGUUUAAGAUGGAUCCUUUAAUAAAGACUCGAGCCGUCCUUGAGCUUGAUGAUGAUAUUAUGAUGUCUUGCGAUGAUGUUGAGCGGGGUUUUCAGGUAUGGCGCCAACAUCCAGAAAGGAUAGUGGGGUUCUACCCCCGCCUGGUCAAUGGAACUCCAUUGAAGUAUAAGGGCGAGAAAUAUGCAAGAAGGCUAAAAGGGUACAAUAUGAUCCUUACUGGGGCUGCUUUCAUCGAUAAUCAACUGGCAUUUAAGCGGUACUGGUCUGAGGAAGCCAAGGCUGGAAGAGAACUGGUAGACAAGUACUUCAACUGUGAGGAUGUGUUACUGAAUUAUUUAUACGCGAAUGCAAGCACUUCGAAGACUGUUGAAUAUGUAAGACCAGCAUGGGCAAUCGAUACAUCAAAAUUCUCCGGUGCAGCAAUUAGUAAAAAUACACAAGUACAUUACCAUAAAAGAAGCAAAUGCCUCCUGAAAUUUUCGGAGAUGUAUGGAAGCUUGGCCAGCCGGAAAUGGGAAUUUAACGGUCGGAAGGAUGGCUGGGAUUUAUAGCAUAAAUACAGUUCAAUAGCAGGCUCUUGUAUUACAAUUACAUGUAAUGGGAUAAGAUGUACAUUAGUUGGCAGGCGUUCUCUUUUCCCCGUCUUGUUGAAAUAUGAAAAAAUGUAGGUUUUGUUUAUC